UACAGUGAACAUCGUGCACUAUUCGCGUUAAAGUGUAUCGACAGAUUCGUUAAUAAAACAGAAUUUUUUCAAAGUUUUAAAAUUUUUUUAAAUUUUAAUAAUAACAACAAUGGCUAUGCUAAUACACAUGCCUACAGAAAUAGUUUUCAAAAUUUUAGAAUAUAAAGAUAUCACCAUUAAAGACAUCGUAAACUUUAGCUCCACAUCCAAGCAGUUCCGCCAAUUAAUUAUUAAUGACAAAAAUCUAUGGAGACAAAAGUUUAUCCAGAGAUGGCCUUCUGUGAAAAAAUGUUAUAAGGAAGAUGAUAAAAAUUUUUAUGAAGCCGAUAUUACCGAUGUGCAAACCGGUAUGAAAUGCGCAAAAGAAUUGUGGGCCUAUGUAUCUCACAUGUCAGAAAAGCAUUAUUACUAUGUUAAUAAUCAUAAAUAUGUAGAUGAAUUCUCUUCCUUAUUCAGCCUACAUAAAGAUUACUCAAAUGCGAAUUGUAUGCAUUGUGCUAUUUUGAAAGAUGAAUUUAUUAGAAGCAUUUAUACACAAUCUCCAUGGGAAUGCGAUUUAACACAUAGAUAUUACAGUAUGAAACUUUUUCGAUGCUGGCUUAAAAAAAAUUUUGAAAGAAAUUGGAAAAAAUUUAUAAAUAAUCCUCAUCAACAACAAAUUUUAGAAAAAGUGCUCACUAUAACAUUACAAUGGUGUUAUCCAGAAAAAUAUAUUUCUUUGUCCCAUUGCAAGACAAAUUAA